CCCUCCCGCCCCCGGCGCGCCGCUGGGGCUAUGAGCUAAGUCUAACCGGCCCCAACGCACCGAGCCAGAAGCAGGUGCAGGCGCAGCCGCGGCGCCGGAGUGCGUAGCCGAGCCGUUAGCGGCCGCCGUCGUCUGUGAAUCCGUCCAUCCAGCCGCCGUCUUUCCUCGGGUUCGCGUACCCGCCCGCAACUGACCCCGGCGAGGCCCAGCGGCCCCGGCACCCUCGUCUCUCCAACUCCCGGAGGCGGCUGGUGCGGAACCGUCCGGCACAACCGCAGCAGCCAUGUCUAUGGGCCUGGAGAUCACCGGCACGUCGCUGGCCGUGCUGGGCUGGAUAGGUUCUAUCGUGUGCUGCGCGCUGCCCAUGUGGCGCGUGUCGGCCUUUAUCGGCAGCAGUAUCAUCACGGCACAGAUCAUCUGGGAAGGCCUAUGGAUGAACUGCGUGGUGCAGAGCACCGGGCAAAUGCAGUGCAAGGUGUACGACUCGCUGCUGGCGCUGCCGCAGGACCUGCAGGCGGCCCGCGCGCUCAUCGUCGUGGCCAUCCUGGUGGCCGCCUUCGGGCUCUUCGUGGCGCUCGUGGGCGCCCAGUGCACCAACUGCGUGCAGGACGAGACGACCAAAGCCAAGAUCACCAUCGUGGCGGGCGUGCUCUUCCUGUUGGCCGCGCUGCUCACCCUCGUGCCCGUGUCCUGGUCGGCCAACACCAUCAUCCAGGACUUCUAUAACCCCCUGGUGCCCGAAGCGCAGAAACGCGAAAUGGGCGCCGGUCUCUACGUGGGCUGGGCCGCCGCAGCGCUGCAACUGCUGGGAGGCGCACUGCUCUGCUGUUCCUGUCCCCCGCGCGACAAGUACGCGCCCACCAAGGUCGUCUACUCGGCGCCGCGCUCCACCGGGCCCGCCACUACCACCAUGGGCACCGCCUACGACCGCAAGGACUACGUCUGAGCCGAUGGGCGCGCGGGGAAGAGACCCUCCAUCCUCAACCUCAACCGCCACCGCCACCGGGAACUGGAGUGUCCACUAAGUCCUCCGUCUCGGCAGCCUCGCGUUCGAGACCCUGCGGCCCCGGGGACACCUUCUCCCCUUCGCCAGUUGCCACCGCCUCUUUGGGGCGCGGGAAGCCGGACUGCUGGGGAGGUGCGGGCGGUGGGGAGAGUCAGGGUUCGACCCGCGUGGACAAUGUACCCCAGCUCCGCCCUCCUGCCCGCCGCUGGGGUGACGACCGCCGCUACUUGCCCGCUCAUGGAGGCUCUCUUGUCCUCCACCCCCACUCCAAAAGCCCGCCGUUGCUUUGGGUCCCUGCGACAAGGGCAGCCAGGAACCGGGCCACUUGAUGUUUUUCAA